AAGCGUCGUCGUUGCAGGACCCAGAAUCCGAUUCCGACCUCCAGCAAGGCAAUCGUCUUUAGCCCCAGCUGCCGGCCACCACCAUUCUUCCCCCACCCCACCAACCUCUCUCUCUCCCUCUCUUGCACAUUCUCUGCCACCACCAUCCCUUUCUUCUUCUUCUCCGGCGAGCCGGGAACCGACAUCGUCGUCGUCGCCGCCACCUGAGUGGAGGGGAGCGGUUCAUGAGUGACAAGUUCUACCGCAUGACCGUCAGGAUGAGCAUCGACUGCAACGGGUGCUACAAGAGGAUCAGGAGGGUACUCCUCCAGAUGCAAGAUCUGGAUAGCCACCUGAUCGACCGGAAGCAGCAGCGGGUGAGCGUCUGCGGCGCCUUCGUGCCGCAGGACGUCGCCAUCAAGCUUCGCAACAAGGCGAACCGCCGCGUCGAGAUAUUGGAGAUCAAGGAGAUCGACGCCGGCGACGGCCACCGGCCGUGAGGGUGGGUGCCGGCAUCCCGACGAGCCGGGGACGGCGGCGGCCGCUUAGUUAGCAUGCUAGCUGCUGCUAUACCAUAGGAAAUUCUUUGUAAAUUAAUCUAGUAAAGUAUAUAGUGUACAGUGUUUGUUUCGAUCCGAGGUGAUAACCUGUUCAGCUGAAC